AUGUGUACUUCAGCUGGCUUAGCGCAAAAUCGACUGGCUUUGAUAGAUUUUUUUGACCGAGGUGGGCAGCUUACCGAAGAACAAAAGCAACGUCGUUAUAAGGAAUUACAAAAGGAAUAUGAUCGCCUUCGGAUUUUGGGAGAAAUGAAAGUGGCGCUUGCAGAAAAGAUGCAAGAAGUAUUGGAAACGUACAUGCAGUAUUUGGAUAAAGAAAAAACUCAUUUCAAAUACGAGCUGGAAGCGGAUAACCCAGGAAUAACAGAAGUUAUCGAAACGAGGUUUGCAAAUUAUUGUGAAUCACUGAUAGCGUUGAGGAAGGAAAGGAAAAGGAGGUUAACCAACGGCUCAAUCGACCUCUCUGCCGAAUGUUUGUCCAAAAUCCCUAGCACAACUUCAUCUCCUCAGUUGGGUUCCAGUGCAGCGUCCACUAUGCCAACAUUUGUUGGACCUGAGAGUCGUCAUGGAAGGCCUCGGAAGCUGACAUCGCGAGUACAGGAAAUGUUUAAAGAGGCGGUUCAACGCCAACGACAUAGCCAUUACCACAAAAGUACUGAUACCACGCAUAUUCCUGAUUUCACCACUGAGGAUGAUGAUGAUAUUUCUGAAGAGGAGGACGAAUCAGAUGACUCGAAACGCAAGUGGUGUUUUUGUAAUGAGAAAAGCUAUGGGGACAUGGUAGCAUGUGAUAACAAAGCAUGCCCAUAUCAAUGGUUUCAUUAUCCUUGCGUCAAUAUAUCGUCAACACCUAAAGGUCGCUGGUAUUGCCCUCACUGUACAAACGAACGAGGAAGACGUGGCGACUACGGUGAUACUAACUCAGCCUCGCUGCUAAUAUCGCUGACGGAAUCUUGUGAUUAA